UCCAGAGAAUCAAUCAAAACGGUCCAUACAAAAUGCUGUAUGACACAAACUGAUCAGAACAUUAUCUCAACGUAUUUCUUAUCUUCUUUUAUCAUUGAAAUCAGUUUUAUUGUGUUUUAUGCGAUAUUCUUGACUGUGUUGUAGGAUCUGCUGCAGGUCCUCAAUUAUCUGGCUAACGCUAGCGUGUUUGCGCUCACUCUCAUUGUCAAAUAAUAAAUUGAAAAUAACUGCGCUAAAGAUGCUCAGUAGAUAAGUGAGCUUUGUGCUGUCCAGAGACAGUCCCGGAGGAAGUAUGGAGAAUUUCGGCUACAAGGAAGGAUCGACCAAGCCCAAUCGUGCUUGGGGUACAAAAUCAACAAAAAUUAAAAAUCAACAAGUUCCCAUCCCUAUGAAGCCAAGGUUUUCUCUGACACCCGAUGUGACGGUUCACUGGCGGAACGAUCCUGAAGCUGUGCUUGCCGAAGAUUUCGAAUACAUGAAAAUUGGCCCGUCGCCCCCGGCGGAAAGUGCUCCCAAUAUGUUUGACAAUUACGAGGAAUCGAAUGCGGAAUUUGGUUUUGAAGUUUCCAGUGAAACGAUUCGCACGUCUCUGAUGGAACAGAUGAGACUUUCGUCCGGCCGUUUGAAACUGCUGGACAAUAUAGACCAAGGGAACAUAAUAGCCGCUAAUUUAAGGGAGAUGUUCGAAGGUGCCACAAAAGCUGAGAAAAAUAUUAGCUUUUUAUUUGCUGCCUUCUUGAAGCGCUGGGAUUUGUUGGACGGAUUGUUGGAAUGUGGAGCAGAGCUAAUUUAUUUUGAUAGCAAUGGGUUCACUGCGUUGCAUUUGAGUUCAUUCAGCGGAUGUCUCAAUUGUACUAGUUUUUUAGUUUUCAAGGGUAUUGAAGUGAAUAUGCAACCGCGAGCCUUCACACCGCUGCACUGUGCCGCGUUCGGGAACUCGGUAGAGAUCGCUCGAUUCCUGAUCACAAAGGGCGCAAAACUGAAUGCCUACACCAAGAAGCAAAACUGUGAGGAAUCCUUACUGCACUGUGCGGUUCGCUCGAACUCGAUCGAGUGUGUGAAGCUGUUCAUCUCGGAGGGGAUGGAUGUCAACUCGCUGAAACCGAGUGGCAUGAAUGCGAUUCAUCUGUCGGCGGAUUUGGGUUACGUCGAUUGUCUGAAGGUUUUGCUGGACACUCCAACGGCGGAUCCAAACAUUCGGAUUGGCAUACGGGAGAAGGAAUCAACGGCGUUGCAUCUAGCGGCCGACGAAGGAAAUGUUGAGUGCGUAAGUUUACUGCUGGCCCGGGGAGCCAAUGCCAAACUGAAGAACCAUCGUGGAUUUACGCCGUUACAUUUGGCAGCUCGCACUUCCAGUUUGGAAUGCGUUGAACUGCUGUUGAGGUUGGGCAACGCCGAUCCCAAUGCCGAGGAUUUCGAUUUACGAACACCGCUUCAUACGGCCAUCGGAAAGUCGGAAGCGGCAUUCGAUAUCAUUGAAACGCUAAUUUGCUGGGGAUCGGAUGUAAAUCGAAAAGACGUAUUCGGUUUUACCCCGCUGCAUUUGGCUGCCCUGGACGGUCUCGCCCAUUGCGUAGAGAUUCUUAUUUAUCAUGAUGCCGAUGUUACGACCAAAUCCAAGAAAGGAACCACCGCUUUAAAUGUUAUAACCAGAAAAACUCCGUCUUCGUUAGCCAUUAUCGGGAGGAAAUUUGAUGAUGCUAUGACACUGAUUCAUUCGCAGGAUCCGUCCGAUAAGGAAGUUGUGCUGGAGCUGGAUUUCAGAAGCAUUCUGCAGCAUUGUUAUCCUCGGGAGAUAAGCUAUCUAAACACGCUCGUCGAUGAAGGGCAGAAAGAAAUUCUACAGCAUCCUCUGUGUUCGGCCUUUUUGUACAUCAAAUGGGGAAAGAUUCGUAAAUAUUACAUUGCUAGGCUGCUGUUCUGUUUCAUCUUUAUUUUGUUCCUCACGCUGUAUGUGCUGACGGCACUGGCGCACAAUUGUUACAACGGUAGCAAGGACAUGGAGGAAACUAUCCAGGAACAGGAGUUGUGCCAAAAACAAUCAAUUCUGGGGAAUAUGUUGAGGAACAAUCCUUUUGUGAUGGAAAUGCAGUGGAUGGUCCUGGUGGCGAUAACGUUUGUGGAAAUAUGUCGCAAGUUAUAUGGAAUGACGGGUUACUCCUCGGUGCGUCGAUACAUUACCCAAAUGGAAAACGUUACGGAAUGGUUCAUCAUUGUUAGUGUGUUUGUGAUUUCUUACAUCUACACCAAAAGAACAUACACGUGGCAGAAUCACAUCGGGGCGUUCGCGGUGUUGUUGGGCUGGACUCAUUUGAUGGUCAUGAUUGGCCAGUUACCGGUGUUCGGGGCGUACGUUGCCAUGUACACUAAAGUGCAGGUAGAGUUCGCCAAGCUCUUCAUUGCAUAUUCCUGUAUGCUCGUUGGAUUCACAAUCAGUUUCUGUGUGAUAUUCCCAUCAUCUUCGUCGUUCGAAAAUCCGUUCAUGGGUUUCAUCACGGUUCUGGUGAUGAUGGUUGGUGAGUUGGAUUUAGAGCUGCUGAUCAACGAUCCCGAUGGAAAGGAUCCACCGUUCAUGCUGGAACUGAGUGCUCAGGUCACUUUCGUACUGUUUCUUCUGUUCGUAACGGUCAUAUUGAUGAAUCUCUUGGUUGGCAUUGCGGUCGAUGACAUUCAGGCGUUGAAAAAGACGGCCACCCUUUCGAAGCUGGUAGGACAAACCAAACUGAUUUCUUACAUUGAAUCCGCCUUGUUCAACGGAUGGCUACCCAAUUGGUUACGAAGUUUACUGCAUUACACCGCGCUAGUGUCCCCACAGGCUUACCGAGUGAUUCUCAGCGUCAAACCAUUGAAUCCCGAAGAGAAGCGUCUGCCGAGAACAAUCAUGAUGGCGGCAUAUGAAGCGGCAAAGCUACGGAAGCAGACGAACGCUGCCGCGUGUAACCAUGCUAGCUAUAAAUACCAAUUCCCAAAUGGAGUCACCGAAUCGACCAAUCAAAUCAAUGGCAAACAAACUCUGGAUCGGAUACUGGAGUCGGACUGUGGAUUCGAAACGGCCAGUCUGUGUACAUUGACGAAUAAAAUCGACGAGAGCUCCGAAAAGUUGGAUGAACUUUGUAAAGAGUUGAGUGAACUGAAGGCGUUACUCAAACAAAAUCAGAUCUUGGUAGAUAAGAUUUCUAAAGUUUUAUUGAAGUAAAUAUAAGACACCAAAGAGAGUUUUUAUAUGUAUACCAAACUUGUUACUGUAUUGUCAAGAAAUAAAUUGUACUAACUUAUAGAUUAAAUUAGUAUUAUUAAAGUAUAA